AUCCGGACGCAGGAGAGCGAAGCUCCUCUGCACUGGGCCCAGGUGCGCUCCUCAGCGUCUCCGGGUGGCGGGGCGCGCGGGAUGGAGGAGGCUUGGGAGGCUGCGCCCGGAGGCCAAGCCGGGGCAGAGCUCCCAAUGGAGCCCGUGGGAAGCCUGGUCCCCACGCUGGAGCAGCCGCAGGUGCCCGCAAAGGUGCGACAACCUGAAGGUCCCGAAAGCAGCCCAAGUCCGGCCGGGGCCGUGGAGAAGGCGGCGGGCGCAGGCCUGGAGCCCUCGAGCAAGAAAAAGCCGCCUUCGCCUCGCCCCGGGUCCCCGCGCGUGCCGCCGCUCAGCCUGGGCUACGGGGUCUGCCCCGAGUCGCCGUCGCCGGGCCCCGCCUUGGUCAAGCUGCCCCGGAAUGGCGAGGCGCCCGGGGCUGAGCCUGCGCCCAGCGCCUGGGCGCCCAUGGAGCUGCAGGUAGAUGUGCGCGUGAAGCCCGUGGGCGCGGCCGGUGGCAGCAGCACGCCAUCGCCCAGGCCCUCCACGCGCUUCCUCACGGUGCCGGUGCCCGAGUCCCCUGCCUUCUCCCGCCACGCGGACCCGGCGCACCAGCUCCUGCUGCGCGCACCAUCCCAGGGCGGCACGUGGGGCCGCCGCUCGCCGCUGGCUGCAGCCCGGACGGAGAGCGGCUGCGACGCAGAGGGCCGGGCCAGCCCCGCGGAAGGAAGCGCCGGCUCCCCAGGCUCCCCCACGUGCUGCCGCUGCAAGGAGCUGGGGCUGGAGAAGGAGGAUGCGGCGCUGUUGCCCCGCGCGGGGUUGGACGGCGACGAGAAGCUGCCCCGGGCCGUAACGCUUACGGGGCUACCCAUGUACGUGAAGUCCCUGUACUGGGCCCUGGCAUUCAUGGCUGUGCUCCUGGCAGUCUCUGGGGUUGUCAUUGUGGUCCUGGCCUCAAGAGCAGGAGCCAGAUGCCAGCAAUGCCCCCCAGGCUGGGUGUUGUCCGAGGAGCACUGUUACUACUUCUCUGCAGAAGCGCAGGCCUGGGAAGCCAGCCAGGCUUUCUGCUCAGCCUACCACGCUACCCUCCCCCUGCUAAGCCACACCCAGGACUUCCUGGGCAGAUACCCAGUCUCCAGGCACUCCUGGGUGGGGGCCUGGCGAGGCCCCCAGGGCUGGCACUGGAUCGACGAGGCCCCCCUCCCGCCCCAGCUACUCCCUGAGGACGGCGAGGACAAUCUGGAUAUCAACUGUGGGGCCCUGGAGGAAGGCACGCUGGUGGCUGCAAACUGCAGCACUCCAAGACCCUGGGUCUGUGCCAAGGGGACCCAGUGAUCUGGGCUCUGCCUGGUCCUCAGCCUGCCAGGCAGAUGCAGCACCCCCUACAGGGGAGGCCAGUUGAGAGCUUGGGCAGCCUCUUCCUGGACCCAGUUAUCCAGGUCUCCCUGCUCUGCUCAAGGGGGCCACAUGAGCGAGCCUAGGAGCUGGACUUCAACCCAGGAAGAUGCAUCCGAGGGAAAGGAGAUUUUCUAUGGCCUCGGGCCUGAGUGCCAAUAUUAGUCUCCAGCUUCUGUGGAUGAUCGGUUCGAUGACAUUGGGAUGGUUGUUUAGCAUUUCUGUGCCUUGGUUUCAUUAAAAUGACAAUUUCCCCCUAGAGGAAAAAGACAGGGUUAACAACCACAGCGGAUUCCAAUCUGGGUUCUCAUUCCGGCUCAUGGAAAUGAGUCUGCCGUUGUUCAGUGGCAGUGGGACUUGGCAGGGAUAACGUCAUUGCUGUGAAUUCUAUUUCAGGCAGCUGGGUGUACAUCGGACGCAGCCUACCGGCAGCCUCUGUGGAAAAUUAACCAAGGAAAAGGAGCGGUCAGCCCUGGAAGGAGGGGAGAGCAAGGUUUUCCUUCCCCACCCUGAGAGUUGGCAAAGGGUUGGCAGACAGGAAGGUUCUGGGUGGAGAUCCCGCAUGUGGGCUGGCCAGCCCCUGGCACGCUGAUGCCCAAGGGUGAGACAAGGCAGAGAGGACAGGGCCACCUGGCAGGAGAAGCCAGGAGAGCACCCCAGCUUGGUAGGUGGAAGCUGAGGAGUCUGAGUGAGAAAGGAAAUCAGAGAAAUGCGGGCAGGUUCCAGGCAGCUCUUCUACCCACAGCUGCAGAGACGACCAACCUGAAGAUGUCUCCAUGCUGGGGUGCAGUGAAGACCUUCAGGCUGGAGGAUGUGGCUGACAGAGUUGUGUAGUCCCUUGAGUCCAGCUAGACCUCCAAACAGCAGGAGCCUGGGCCUGCGUGUUGGCUUGGUGCUGAGCACGCACUCAACUGGCCCCUGCAAGCCAGCCUUCCCUCUAAAGUCAGACCAUGCACCCAGAUCCCUCCCAAACAGAAAUCCUUAUUGGUGCAUUUGAACCAGUAAUGGGCUGUCUGGGAGAAUGGGAUGGAGAGUCCUAGAUGGGAGAAAUUUCUCACACUCUAUUUUUCAUUAGUAUUAUUAUACUUUAAGUUCUGGGGUACAUGUGCAGAACGUGCAGGUUUGUUACAUAGGUAUACACAUGCCAUGGUGGUUUGCUGCACCCAUCAACUUGUCAUCUACAUUACAAAUUUCUCCUAAUGCUAUCCCUCCCUUCUCACACUCCUGAAAGUAAUAACAAAAAGGGAAAUGGAGGCUGGGCACGGUGGCUCAUGCCUGUAAUCCCAGCAUUUUGGGAGGCCGAGGUGGGCGAAUCACAAGGUCAGGAGUUCGAGACCAGCCUGCCAGCCUGGCCAACAUGGUGAAACCCUGUCUCUACUAAAAACACAAAAAAUUAGCUGGGCGUGGUGGUGGGUGCCUGUAAUUCUAGCUACUCGGGAGGCUGGGGCAGGAGAAUUUCUUGAACCCAGGAGGCGGAAGUUGCAGUGAGCCAAGAUUGUGCCACUGCACUGCAGCCCGGAUGACAGUGCAAGACUCUGUCUCAAAAAAAAAAAAAAAAAGGA